UAAACAUUGACCGGUGCCAGCCCCGCGGGAGGGCGGCCGAGGCACGGCGGGGGGCGACGCGGGGAGGGGGGUGGGGGGGCAGGAGGUGGCACCUCGGCCCUGGGGGCCGGGAAGGGGGCGCAGGGAGCCCCGGGCUCCUGCACCAGCUGGGGGUCCCCGACCCACCGAAUCUCAUCCGCUGUGCCCCGACGGUGGCGGGGGGGGUGGAGGGGAACCAGUACGGGCAGCUGGUGGGGUCACUGGUCCCCGAGGGUGCUGGGGUGGGGGGGGGACCCGUCCCUGCGGCAGCCGGGGUGAUGCCGUCGGGGGCGCGGAGCGGGGACCGGCUCCGGGAGCCGCCGGGGAAGGGCUGGGGGGGCGCAGCACCGCCCGCUCGGGGCGGUCCCAGCCCGCCGGGGGGGGCUCAGGGGGGGAUAAAAGCCGGGGCGGCGGCGGCGGGGCCGGGGGAGCCGGGCAGGAUGAGCGCGGCCCCGGGCACCUCCCGCGCCCCCCAGCCGCUGCUCCGCUUCCCCGACGGGGCGGGCGGGCCGGGCGGCGGGCGGGCGGCGGCGGUGGCGGCGGCGGGGGUGGGCCGUGUCCCGGGGCCGUGCCCCUGUCCCUGCCCGGGGGGGCCACGGAAACGGCGGCGGACCACCUUCAGCCGGGGCCAGCUGUCGGAGCUGGAGCGGGCCUUCGCCAGCGUGCCCUACCCGGACAUCGCCACCCGGGAGCGCCUGGCCGAGCUCACCCAGCUGCCCGAGGCCAAGAUCCAGGUCUGGUUCCAGAACCGCCGUGCACGCAGGAUCCGCAGCGCCAAACCGGAGCCACCGCCGCUGCCACCGCCCAGGGAGCGGGGCCCCCCCACAGCACCCCCCGACAGCACUACCCCGAGCCCGGACCCUGCUUUGCCGCCGCUGGGAGCCCGCAGCCCCACUCCGGGCCUCCCCACCUCGCUGGGCUCCAUCUCCGACCUCAUCUACAGUGCGGCCAUCACCAACCUGGGCGAGCCAUAGCCAUGGCAGGGACCCCCCCAGCACCGGGGACCUCCCCCCGGCACCAAGACCCCCCCCAGUUUAGCGUUGCGAUUUCAUUAGGGUGUGGAAUUACUGCCGGUCCCAAAGGUCCCAAGGAUGUCAUCCAAUAUCCUAAAUGCCGGUGCGGCCAUGGCGGGGCCAGCUCCCCAUCAGCCCCCUAAUACCGACUAAUCUUUUGGAAAAAAUACCUUAAUCUGAGGCCGUAUCUGCAGAUGAUUGUGGCGCGGCCGCCCCUAAUCCGCAGGCACGUUCGCAGGUGCCGGCAGAUCUCCCCCGUAUCAGAUAUUAAAGCGUGUUUGCAGAGGGGCUUAGCUGCCAUCAGAACAUUAAUCACCGUGUCCGGCCCUGGCAGGGUGCCCACCCGGCAGGUGUCCAGGCCCAGCAGUGCCAGCCUCGGUGACCCCUCCCCACCGUGGGGCCGUGGGUGCACUGAGCUGGCUCUGCUCUCUGCUCUGUGGCACCCAAGAAGCCCUGGGGCUCUGUGUUGAGGUGCGUCCCCUCCCACAGAAGCCGGGUCCCCCGUGGCAGGGGAGGUAGAGCCACGCACCCCACAGCAUGGGCAGCUACAGCUCGUGCUCCUCCCCGAGGCACCGACAGCUGUGGGUCCGGAGAGGCUGUGGGGAUGCCGAGCUGCUGCAGACAAAGCCAAGCUGGGUGCCAGCCCCGACGUGGCUGCACUGGACACCGUUGUCCUCCUGAACUGGAGGGGGAAAAGCCUCACCCCAAAAAACAAGCUGGGUUGGGUGCUGCCACGCGGCUGACAAGGGAGAAACACUGUCCUGAAAGCAGGCGAGGGAGCAGGCAGGAGCAGCGAG